AUGGAAGAGGAGUCCAAGCUCCUUCUCACCAAGUAUGACUCUAUCCAGAAGACGUGGACGAACGAUCAACACGGCCGUGAGGAACAUUUCACGAGCCCUGACCUGCGGCAUGCAGGGCGCACCAGGGGUAGGCAGGACAACCCCUUAGGUCCAACACGUCUGGCCAACACCCUUGCGGUAUCUAUCAGGGCAGUGCAGCAUAUCUACUGA